AUGAGUGAAUAUUAUGAGGAGGGCGGGUUGCUGUAUGAGCGCUCGCCUCCCAUGCACAUUAAAGUGGAGUCACCGGAGGGAGCCUUUGGAGGCCGCAUGUCAGAAGACGGAUUCCCCCGUGAUGACGACGACUCUGAAGGCAGCUGCGAACACGCCGGCCUGCCUUUCAACGUUGUGGUUGUGCAUCCCAACAUUGUUGCAUCUGGAAUGGCAUCCAGUGACCUGAUACCAAUUCAACAAAACAGGAGUGUUUCAGCAGCACUGGCCUCAGGAGGUGUAGGUAAAAGAAAGAGUCGCUUUAGCGGUGCUGAGCUGGAGGUGCUUGUAUCUGAAGUGACCCGGUGUGAAGGGGAGCUUUUCGGCCCCGCCGGCAGACUCAGGCGCCGUGAAAGAGAGCGAAUAUGGGCUGGGAUCCUGGAGCGGGUAAACGCUGUGUCCCGAGUCCCACGCACCCUGCGGGAGGUUAAGAAACGCUGGGAUGAUUUGAAGAGACGAAGUGGCGGAAAGCUGGCAGACGCGAGGUUUCGCUCCUGGCCUCCAUCCAGCAGAAGCAGUGCAAUCUUGGGAGCUCCUACUCAGCUAAGCCCAAGGUUUCAGCAGGCCUCUCAAAAACUGAGGUCAAGGGGGAAGGCCAGUUUCAGUUGUCUGUCAGAUACUGAUCCAGUUGCAGGAGGAGACAGUUCUGAAAGAGAUUGCUUUGAAAAGGAGGACGACUCCCAUGAGCAAGAGGGUGAGGAAGGAAACAUUUCUGAGGGUAUGGAUAAUAGCAUGGAAGAAAAACUGGGCUUAGGCCUGGGGUUAGGAAUAGUCCCAGCCCCAACAUCCGAGCGCUGGCUUCCUCCGUCGCCUCUCUACAGCGCCCCCUUUCUCAAUGGCACUCCGCAGCCGAGUCCAGCACCAUCACUGGGAGGUCAUGAGGGCCCAAUUGACCCUCCUCCAUUACGCACUUCCUGGCUGGAGGAUGAACUGCGGGGGCUCGGGGAAGCAGCCGUGCAGCUCGGAGAUCGCCUUGAGCAGAACUUACGAGAGUUCGGUGAAGGUUUCCGGCAUGACAUUCGGACACUUGUGGCCUCACAAGAGGCUCUUACAAUUAGUUUACAGCAAAAUAAUUUGCUCUUGCAGCGGCUUUUGUGCCUCCUGGAGAUGCAGCAGCAGCAAACACAGCCUCCACAGCAUCAAAUGCCACCUCAGCAGCUUCCGCAGCGAUUGCCGCCAGAAACUUUGCAGCAUCAACAGCAACAAGAAGCUCUCCCGCAGCAAAUUUUAGCCCAGGGGCUUGAACAGCAACAUUCUCAAAAUGCAAAUGAACAAAUAGCAGCAGCAACAGCAACCACUGUAACCCUACGUCCUGAUAUUUUAAAUGGCACGUCCCAGCCUGAACUGGCAAACGAACUAAAUAUCCAGAGACCCUGCCGAGGCAGGACAGACCACAGACGGAAACGUAGACAUUAGAUAUACACUGAUCAGCCAUGUUUCUACACUCACUCUCCAUUUU